CGCAAUUUCCGACCGCCAUAUUGGUUUUAGCCGUUUGGGGAAUUUUACCAGCGACUCUGUGGACGGAAGAAGGUGAAGAACAUAAGCUCAUAAAAGGCUGCAUAAGUAGGGUUUAAUGGCCCUUUUAGAGGUCUGUCCAUCGCACCGUUAUCCAGACAGACUAGCACACGACUGAAGGAUUAAUUUUUAUUUUGGAAGAAUGAUGAGAGGGAGGACUAAAAACAAGGGGCUCGGCGGCGACCACCUGCGGCUAAAGUCCGUGAAGUCCGCAAGGGGCCCACAGGUGAGCUAACGUGUGAGUGCACUAGGGGGCUCCCUGGCUGAGGAGCUGGAGGGGUGAUGAUGGAUCUAAAGGAGAGCUGUGGCAGUCAGGGGAGCCAGGAGAGCUCCAGCCUGCACCCUAACUCCUGGCAGGCCUUUGCUCACACUAGCACGCUGCACGGCCUACGCUUCGUCUUCCCCUAUGGUCAGCCCAGCCUGCGCCGAUUGCUCUGGGCCGCGGCUCUGCUGACCUGCCUAGGAUUGUUAGCCCUAGAGAGUGCCGAACGCCUGGCAUAUUUCCUCUCCUACCCUCAUGUGACCAGUGUGGAUGCCCUGGUGUCAAGCAGCCUGGUCUUCCCCGCUGUGACCAUUUGUAACCUCAAUGCAUACCGCUUCACCCGCCUCACGCGCAAUGAUCUGUACCACGCAGGAGAGCUGAUGGCCCUGCUGGAUGUGCACCUGAAAAUCCCCCAGCCACACCUGGCUGAGCCCGAUGUGCUGGCCUCCCUGCAGGAAAAAGCCAACUUCACCAAAUAUAAGCCCACACCGUUCAGCAUGAAGGAGUUCAUCGAGAGGGUCGGCCAUGACCUGAAAGAGAUGAUGCUCUACUGCCGCUACCAAGGCCAGGAGUGCAGCCACAGCGACUUCAAAACCGUGUUCACCAGGUAUGGGAAGUGCUACGUGUUCAAUGCUGCAGAGGAAGGGAAGAUGCUCCGCACCACCAUGAAGGGAGGGACAGGAAACGGCCUGGAGAUCAUGCUGGAUAUCCAGCAGGACGAGUACCUGCCAGUGUGGGGGGACACAGAGGAUACAGCCUUUGAGGCAGGUGUGCGGGUACAGAUCCACAGCCAGGCGGAGCCCCCGUUUGUUCACGAGCUGGGCUUCGGCGUAGCCCCCGGCUUCCAGACUUUUGUAGCCACACAGGAGCAGAGGCUGACCUACCUGCCACCCCCGUGGGGAGAGUGUGAGUCAAAGGCUCUGGAGUCGGGCUUCUUCCAGGUCUACAGUGUAACCGCCUGCCGGAUCGAUUGUGAAACGCGCUACAUUGUGGAGAACUGCAACUGCAGGAUGGUGCACAUGCCUGGUGAUGCUCCAUACUGCACACCUGAGCAGUACAAAGACUGUGCUGAGCCUGCCCUGGCCAAACUGUCGGCUGUGGAGAGCAGUAACUGCAUGUGCAGGACACCAUGCAACAUGACCCGCUACAACAAAGAGCUGUCCAUGGUCAAAAUCCCCAGCAAGACCUCGGCCCGCUACCUGCAGAAGAAGUUCAACAAGACGGAGAAGUACAUCACAGACAACAUCCUGGUUUUGGACGUGUUCUUUGAGGCUUUGAACUACGAGACCAUCGAGCAGAAGAAAGCCUAUGAGGUGGCAGGCUUGUUGGGUGAUAUCGGAGGACAGAUGGGGCUUUUCAUUGGAGCCAGCGUCCUCACCAUCCUAGAGCUGUUUGACUAUGCUUAUGAGGUGGUGAAAGACAGACUACUGGAUUUACUUAGCAGGGAAGAGGAAGAGGAGAGUCACGGAGAAGAUGUGAGUUCCUGUGACCCAGUGGCAAACCACUCGGAGUCCAUCAGCCACACCGUGACAGUCCCCCUGCAGACAACACUGGGCACCCUGGAGGAGAUUGCCUGCUGAGGCUCCUCCCCCUUCCCCUCGGAGCCACACACAUCCAGAGGCUGCAUCCACUGAGUGGCGCUACAUCCUCCGUUAGGGCACCGUGCAGGAACUUAAGGGGAGGGGAAGAGACAGGAGACAAGGACAAGAACAGGGGUUGGUCUAAGGACAGCACUGUCGCACCACCCGGUCUGAGGCACUAAUGGGGAUUAAGGAGCUGUCAGAUGGACUUAUCGGCCCUCUCUGUCACCCUGCAAUGUACUGUGGUGGGAGGGCGGCCUCCACUGUGCCAGACCUGCAGUGGGGUCUGAGUCUCCACAUACAUGCACACAGGAAAUCAGAGACCCGGUGGGGGAAACCCCCAAAACGGGGGCUCAUCCCUGUGCAGCAUAUCUAUGUAAGAAAAACACAUUCGUAUGUCGCUCACUGCCAAAUGAACUGUACAAAACUGGUUUCGAACUGUCCAAACUGCAUGCGUCGAUCUCUCUUGCUCUCUUUGCUGAUGCAUACGCUGGACUGCAGUGUUGCUUUACUGUACAUGUGUGCCAUUUGUCUCUCUAUCUGCAGGACAGGCUUGCGACAAGGGCCCGGGUGAGACAUCGAACUUCGAAUGUACAGAUUGAAUUUAUGGUUGUUUAAAAUCAUAGUUCAGAUGCGAUCAAUCCAUCUUUGAAAAUGUGUUCUAAUGAGCGAUUUAUCAUUGCUGGGUUAAUUAUCUGGGGGUGGAAGGGGGUUGGUGAAGUAUGAGCAUUACUGAGGAAAAAAAACAAAAAACCACCUGAACAUUUUGCUUUGUUUACCGAGAACAGAGUGAAAUCUGCAGAUUUCGCAUUUUGCAUAUUUUUUUCACCUGUCAGUUUCAGUUUAAUCACUUUACUAAAGGCAUGUUUGCUACGUGACUCCCCGGGUGCUAAGCUGUUCUCUACAGACAUCUUUAAAGGGAUGUCAUACUCUUACUGUUAAUUUAUGUGAAUAAAUGCCCGGCUUCUGGCUGCUGUACCUCACCACAGCACCCAGCUAAGUGAGGCAGAAUGAAUUUAUUUUCCUGCCAGACAGCAAGCUUUGUACAAAACUCUGCAGUAAAUUAAUAUACCCAGGGUGUUGUUAAACCAUUAUUUCAUCAAGAGAAUGUCAGGGUGAUAUUUCGGACAGCUAUUAUCAUUUUAUCAGGGGUGGCUUGAUUUCGUGCUCCACCGAAGUAACAUCCCCAGGCUCGACAAUUUGAAACAAUUUUCAUUAUGGAAAUGAUUACAAAAUGUUGUGUGUGUGU